AUGAAUGCAAAAAAUACCCCCAAAAUAGCUACUUGAAAAAGAAUUACUUUACAAGAUGCUGCCUCACCACUAAUAGAACAACUAAUUAUAUUCCAUAAUCAUGCAUUAUUAAUUUUAUUAAUGAUUACAGUUAUAGUUGGUUAUUUAAUAAGAACUUUAUUUUUUAACAAAUUUAAUUAUCGAUUUCUAUUAGAAAAUCAAAUAAUUGAAAUUAUUUGAACUAUUGCCCCUGCUGUAACAUUAAUUUUUAUUGCCUUACCCUCUUUACAACUUUUAUACCUAUUAGAUGAAAUUAAUAAUCCAAUAAUCUCUCUAAAAUCAAUUGGACAUCAAUGAUACUGAUCCUAUGAAUAUUCUGAUUUCAAAAAAUUAGAAUUUGAUUCUUAUAUAAUUCCAAUAAAUUAAAUAAAACUAAAUGGAUUCCGAUUAUUAGAUGUUGAUAAUCGAACAAUUUUACCUUACAAUUCUCAAAUUCGUAUACUAAUUACAGCAGCAGAUGUAAUUCACUCUUGAACUAUUCCAGCUUUAAGAGUAAAAAUUGAUGCUACACCUGGUCGAUUAAAUCAAAUUAGAUUUUUAAUAAAUCGAACAGGAUUAUUUUUUGGUCAACGUUCUGAAAUUUGUGGAGCAAAUCAUAGAUUUAUACCUAUGGUUGUAGAAAGAAUUCCUAUAAAAUAUUUUAUUAAAUGAAUAAAUUCUAAUAAUUCAUUAGAUGACUGAAACGCAAGUAUUGGUCUCUUAAACCAUAUAAUAGUAAAUUAGCAAUUACUUCUAA